AGUUGGGGCUAGACUAAGUGCCAUUAUCUGCUGGGGUUUCUUCUCUGGCCAGUCUGUGAAGACCGCUGUAGGCACUGCUUCCUCCUCUCUCUCCCCGCGAGUGGAGUGCGAGUGCAGGGUUGGGUGAGUGCACAGAGCUGGAAUCUGUUGAGAUCUGCCCAGGUGGGUGUGUCCCCACCCGCCCCAGGAGCAGGUCCUUCCAGCCCAGCCCAGCGCAGAGCAGACAGCGGAAGCCAGCUUGGGGCAGCGGCAGAGCUCGACGGAGCACAGGUCUCGGGAUGAUGAAGCCCUGACCAAGGCACCCACCCCCUGGCAGCCAUAGCCCACAUUCUCAAGGCCUACCUCUGCUGGCUUUGGGACCGUCUCCAUGCAGCCUGCAGGCCCUGUUCUGGAGAUGACUGCCCUGUCAGGACCUUGGUGUGCCCCGUGAUGCCCCAGGCUCGCUCCUCGGCAGGCUUUGGCAAGAUGUUGGCCAACUCCUCAGCAAACACUUCUACCAACAGCUCGGAUCUCCCGUGCCCUGACUACCGGGCCACCCACCGCCUGCACAUGGUGGUCUACAGCCUGGUGCUCCUCGCGGCGCUCCCGCUCAACGCGCUGGCCCUCUGGGUCUUCCUGCGCGCGCUGCGCGUGCACUCCGUGGUGAGCGUGUACAUGUGCAACCUGGCGGCCAGCGACCUGCUCUUCACCCUGUCGCUGCCCGUGCGCCUGCCCUACUACGCGCUGCACCACUGGCCCUUCCCGGACCUCCUGUGCCAGACGGCGGGCGCCAUCUUCCAGAUGAACAUGUACGGCAGCUGCAUCUUCCUGACCCUCAUCAACGUGGACCGCUACGCCGCCGUGGUGCACCCGCUGCGGCUGCGCCACCUGCGGCGGCCCCGCGUGGCGCGGCUGCUCUGCCUGGGCGUGUGGGCGCUCAUCCUGGUGUUCGCCGUGCCCACGAUGCUCGUGCACAAGCCCUCCUCCUGCAGCUACCGCGGCACCCAGGUGCGCCUGUGCUUCGAGAGCUUCGGCGACAAGCUGUGGAAGAGCCGGCUGCUGCCGCUCGUGCUGCUGGCCGAGGCGCUGGGCUUCCUGCUGCCGCUGGUGGCCGUGGUCUACUCGUCGGGCCGGGUCUUCUGGACCCUGGCGCGGCCCGACGCCACGCAGAGCCGGCGGCGGCGGAAGACGGUGCGCCUCCUGUUGGUCAACCUGGUCAUCUUCCUGCUGUGCUUCGUGCCCUACAACACCACGCUGGCCGUCUACGGGCUGCUGCGGGGCGACCUGGUGACGGCGAGCCCCGCGGCCCGCGACCAGGUGCGCGGGGUGCUGAUGGUGAUGGUGCUGCUGGCGGGCGCCAACUGCGUGCUCGACCCGCUGGUGUACUACUUCAGCGCCGAGGGCUUCCGCAACACCCUGCGCGGCCUGGGCUCUCCUCUCGGGACCAGGACCUCGGCCACCAACGGGGAUGGAGGGACGCUCGCCCAACUGCCCCAGGAGACCACCCCCACCGGCAGGACUGCUGCCUCCAGCCAAGGACUGAUCAGGCAUUCCAAUCCCCGGACACCCAUCCCCGAGGAUUCUGUCCUCUAAAGGAACAUGGGGCCCUAGCCUGGUGACACCCACCUCCAUCCCCUCGCGCCUCUGGCACUGGAAAACUUGCAGGUUGCGCACAGGAGGGCGGUGGAUCCGACACUUGGAUUUCUGGGUGGCAACUCCAACUCAUAAAUGCAGAAGGAGCAAAGUGUGGGAGCAAGGGGCACGGGGAAGGGAGGGUGCUGGUGGGAAUGUCCUCUUUAAGUUCGUGGUGAUGAUGAGCACAGAAAAGAAGACCCCGUCCCCAGUCUGUAGGAAGGGGUGGUGCUGUGAGCCUGCCAAGGCAGGGGCAGAGGAAUGGGUGAAAUGCCCUUGCGGGGGACUUGAAACACUGCCCAGCGCCAGUAGAUGUAGCAGAAAAAUGGACGUACUGGCUUUAGACUGACCACAGCAUCUUAGGGCCAGAGAUGCCACCCACAUUUCACUCCCACCUGGGCUUCCCCUCCCCGCAUUGAGGCAAAUACAAGAGUUUAUUGGAUAAGACAGAACUGGUUUCCUUCUUGUUUCGAGACUUGCAAUAAUUUAGACCCGACCUCCAUCAUGGGGUGGUUGGGGGCAGGGCAAAACUGUGAGUUAGAAGGUUUUCUUUUCUCCAAAAUCUUGAUCCCUGUUCCCCUUUCUAGGUCUUUUCUAUCCUAUGUUCCAACCCCCUUUCAAGACCUCCUCCAUUCUAGAUCCUAAGUCUACUCCUGCCACACACACACACACACCCCAUCCCCACAGCUUCAUCUAGAAUAAGGGAACAAUUCUUUGUACUAAGUAGCAGUUCUCAAAUUUUUUGGUCUCAGACCCUUUACACCCUUAAAAAUUGAGAAUUCCAAAGAGCUUUUGCAUAUACUUUGUUCUUUUGAUACUUACCAUAUUAGAAAUUCAAUUAAGUUUUCAAAGCAUACAGAUCUGGCCACUGUGGUUCAGCUGGUUGAGCAUCAUCCAUGCACCAUAAAGGUCCUUGGUUCGAUUCCUGGUCAGGGUACAUCCCCAGGAUUUUGGUCUGGAUUCCCAGUAGGGGGGCGUGCAGGAAGCAGCCAAUCCAAAUCCAUGUUUCUCUCACACAUCGAUGUUUCUCUCACACAUCGAUGUUUCUCUUGCUCCCUCUCCCUCUCUAAAAUAAAUAAAAAACAUGUUUAAAAAAACAGAAAUACAUAGGCACACAUUCCAUGAGCUGUGAGAGCAAUGAUACCUUUCAUGAAGCCUCUGGAAAAUCCCACUGUAUACUUGUGAUGGAAUGAAAGUGAAAAGAACAAAUGACAAUAGUAUUAUGAAAAUAGCUUUGACCUCAUGGACUUGUCAAAGAGUCAGUCCCCAGAUCACACUUUGAGAACUAUACCUAUACUAAAGUAUUAAAGUUCUUGUGUAACUUCUUCCCAGGGCAUUAUAUAGAGUGCUUUUUAUUGCUGUGGAAGAGAGCAAUGCUCAACAAAUCAAUUAGUAAUUGUAGCCCUUAAGGCUUGGGGUUGGGGGUGGGGGUGGGACAGUAGGAGCUGCACACCAGAUGGAACAUGGCCUUGGGCUUGCUGGAGCUGCAGCCCUAAGGGGGGGGGGGGGUGGUGGUAGAACUGGACACACACACACACACACACACACACACACUCAGGAGGAGGGGGUGGGGCUUCUCCCGGAGGGAACAGGAACUGUGCCACAGCCAGGAGAGAAGUUUACAGGGAAGUUAGAGUGUGAUGGGAGGACAGGAAUGGGCUGGCUGUUCUUAGCAAGCAGGCGGCAAGGGAAAUGGAAGACUGGUUUAUGGGCCACCUACUGCUUUCUUCCCUUUUUACCGAGUCGGAGUUGGGAGCUGGUAGGGGUUGCAGAGUUGGAACUAGGACACCUUGAGACCCUGACAUUAGCGAGGGAGUUGUUGCGUGCCUAGCUCUUGCAUGCCUUUCUAUGCCUGUCUCUCAAUGCUGUAUGUAUCUGUGUGUGUGUGUGUGUGUGUGUGUGUGUGUGCGCGCGCGCGCGCGCGCGCACGCGCUCCUGCCAGUGUCAGGGUUUUCCUGUGUGUAUCUCUGGGCCUUUUGUGUGUCUCUAUGUGAUCCGUCCAGAUGGUGAUUUACAGGUGUAAAAUGACCCCUGGUGGCCAAACCAGAGAACUGACCCAGAUUCCUCCGUCAUAGCCUCGAAGUCUGGGCCUUCCACCAUCUGGCGGGAGCUUAGAGACCCGGCACAGGCCCUCACCUCCUGCUGUUCUCAAAGAGGCCUGGAGGUUAGCACCUGUUCCAUCUUGCCUCAUGCUUAGGGUUCAGGACCCGUGCCCUUCCAACCCUGGGAUUAACAAACAGAACUGAACACAAUUUUUAAAAACUACUUGAUUAUUUUUAUAUGCAGAUACAUGAAUAAAUUCCAAAGUAAUUAAAACUAACAUAGCAAGUAUCUUCUACAGACUAUAUAAUUUACUUAUUUAUUUAUUAUAAUUUUUAUAAUUUAUUGUCUGUCUCCUCCCCCUGCCCAGGUAGAAUGUAAGCUCCCCGAGGGCAGGAAUUUUUGUUUGAUGGUUCUCUGAUGUAUUCCCCAGCAUCUAGAAUGGAGCUUAGAACAAAAGAACAAAUAAAUAUUUGUGGAAUGUUGAACA